GAGCGGGUCAAAUAUGGCGGAAGGCGGCCACGCAGAGCCGGGCGAGCGCGACAGGUCCUCUGGGUCCCGGCCUCCGAGCGCGAGGGACUUGCAGUUGGCCUUGGCAGAAUUGUGUGAGGAUGAAGUGAAAUGCAAAUCUUCCAAAUCUGAUAGACCUAAAGCUUCAGUCUUUAAAAGCCCACGAACACCACCUCAACGGUUCUAUUCAAGUGAGCAUGAAUACAGUGGGUUACAUAUAGCUCGACCUUCAACUGGGAAAAUUGUGAAUGAACUUUUCAAAGAGGCAAGGGAACAUGGGGCUGUCCCUCUGAAUGAAGCCACAAGAGCUUCAGGUGAUGACAAAUCUAAGUCUUUUACAGGUGGAGGGUACAGGUUGGGUAAUUCCUUUUGUGAGCAGUCUGAGUACAUCUAUGGAGAAAGCCAGCUGCAAGAUGUUCAGGUUUUGCUUAAAUUGUGGAGCAAUGGGUUCAGUUUAGAUGAUGGAGAAUUGAGACCUUACAAUGACCCAACAAAUGCUCAAUUUCUGGAGUCUGUUAAAAGAGGAGAAAUUCCUCCAGAGCUUCAGCGACUGGUUCAUGGUGGCCAAGUGAACUUGGACAUGGAGGACCAUCAGGAUCAAGAAUAUAUCAAACCCAGAUGGAGGUUCAAGGCUUUUAGUGGAGAAGGACAAAAACUUGGAAGUCUUACACCUGAAAUUGUCAGUACACCUUCAUCACCAGAAGAGGAGGAGAAGUCAAUACUUAAUGCAGUUGUUCUUAUUGACGAUUCAGUGCCAACAACAAAGAUUCAAAUCAGGCUGGUAGAUGGGAGUCGUUUGAUACAAAGAUUCAAUAGUACACACAGGAUCCUGGAUGUUCGGGACUUCAUUGUACAGUCCCGCCCUGAAUUUGCAACUCUUGACUUUAUUCUUGUGACUUCAUUUCCAAACAAAGAGCUAACAGAUGAAAGCCUGACGCUACAAGAUGCAGAUAUUCUUAACACUGUGCUACUCCAGCAACUAAAAUAAUACUGCUGCUCCUAUUUGUGCAGUAACAUAGAAGAGAGAUAAUGUGCCAUAUUUAAUAAGGAAAACUUUCUUAUAAAAAUACCAAAUUGUUUUUAUUAUUUAUACAGAUACUUUUUGGUUUUACUCUUAUUCUGUCCUCCAACCUUAGCAUAGAGGAAUUUGGACUGGGAAAAGAUCUCAAGAUAAAUGUGUUUGAGUUUUUGCCAGCUUAUAUUCAUAGAUUUUAAAUAUCCAGUCAAACCAAUUUGUUACAUGCUCAGUGUUGAUGUAACAACAUUUCUUGGCAGCGAAAAUGAACAAAACUCCAUUUUGAUAAAUUUAGUGAAAUUUGCACUAAAGUUUCUUCAUGCUGCAUUGAUCAAGAGCCAUUAAGGAAUCUUCUGAUCAAGUAUUUUGAAAACUUUUCUGUAAUAUAUACUAAAGAGUAUCUGUAUUCUGAUUUUUGAAAUGCUUUGAUGAUAUGAUGAUUAUUUCUCCUAUUAAGAUAUUAUGCAUCCUUUUUACUGAUUGAUUUAACUAUAUUACUGUAUCAAGAAAAUACAGUUUGGCCUUGUAUUUUACAGAACUAUGAACAUCCUAACCUAGAAACAGACAUAACAGUGAGCAGUCUUGAGAUGUGGUCAAUAGCACUUUAACACAGAGAAAUUACAGUCCCUCUCAGAGCCUGCCUGAUCACAUGCAUUUACUUGUUCAACAUGUGUUUCUGGGUCAGGGGUCCCCAACCCCCAUGCUGCAGACCGGGCCCAGACCAUGGUCUGCUAGGAACCAGGCCCCACAGUGGGAGGUGAGCGGCAGGCAAAUGAGUGAAGCUUUGUCGUGUUACCACCUGAGCUUUUCACCUCCUGUCCCAGCCCACCCCCACCCCCCACCCCAUCUUCCACAAGCCUAGUUCCUGGUGCCAAAACGGUUGGAGUCCGCUGUUCUAGGGGACCCACUGUAGAUAUCAAACAUUAUUCGAAGUGUCAAAACCAGAAUGUAUUCUACUCCAGAACAAAACAAGUGUAGAAAUAUAGGAAUGUCAAUUCUGUCAGGCUUAGAUCCAAUUCUAGAUCUGAAGAACAGCCAGCAGGAAUGUUUGCAUUUCUGUUGAAGCCAGGCACUUCCUGAGUAAGGCAGGCUAUGUCAGGAAUGAUAGAAAAGCUUUGUUUUCUUCCUAGACACCAGUUCAUCUUAGGUCACCACUCCUGAUUAGUUUUCUAUUGCUGCUCUUAACAGGUGACUACAAACUUGGUGGCCCAUAACAGCAAAGGCUCAUUGUCUUCCAAUUCUUCAGGUUAAACCAGCCUCACUGGGCUAAUAUUAAGGUGCUGACAGGACUGCGUUUCUUUCUGGAGACUCUGGGAGAUGCAUUUCCUGGCCUUUUCAGCUUCUAGAGGCCACUUGUGUUCCUUGACCUGUGGCCGUCUGUUCCCGUCUUCAGAGCCAGCAACAAUGUAUCUUUCUGACUUCUCUGUCAUUAUAUUUCUCUGACAAUAGCCAUGAAAGGUUCUCUGCUUUCAAGGACUCAUGUGAUUAGAUUGGGUCCAUUAGGUCAUCCAGGCUUAUUUUCCCAUCACAAAGUCUGUAGGAACCUUAACCACAUCUUUAAAUUCUCUUUUACCAUGAAAACUAACAUAGCACAGCUUCCUUCUGAAGGCUGCAGGAGUGAAGCUGCACUUUGCCUCUUCCAGCUUGUAGAGGCUGCUGGCGUCCCUCACCGAGGUGUGUAUCCCUGCCCCUCCCGUGUGCUUCUGUUCUUCCUCUUUUACCAGGACUUUAGUUCUGCUUUUCUCUUUUAAGGAUCUUUGUGAUUACAUUUAGUUUACAUGGAUAAUCCAGGAUAAUCUCAUUUCAAAAUGCUUAAGAUAAUGACAUCUGCAAAACUCACAGGUUUGGAGAUUAGAACAUGAGUAUUUUAGAGGCCAGGGCUGGGGGCACGCUAUUCACCACAGUUUACUCCUGCCUCAAAAAUUCACAUCCAUCCCAAAAAUUCAUCCCAAGCAGAGGUGCUCAAAAAUCUCAGACCAUUACAGCAUUAGUUUCAAAUGCAAUAUCUUAUCUGAAUCUCACUGAAAAAUCCCAAAUCUCAUUUAAAUCAUCUAAAUCGGGUAUGAGUGAGGACCUGUGUAUGACUCCUGAAACACAGUUCCCCUCCACCUGAGAACCUAGAACCAGCGAUUUUCUCCCAAAUAUGAAGAUAGGGCAGGCACAGGAUAACAGUUACAGAUAUUCCUGUUCAAAAAGUCAGAAAACGGAAUGAAAAAAGGAUGCACCAGUGCCAAGCAACACAGCAAUCUAGUUAGGCACACUCUGUUGGGCCUCAGCCUGGAACUGGGGUUCUGUGGCAACCAGCACCAUCCUCUGGGCUUAAGGCUUCUCCUCAGAGUCCUGGAGUUUUUCGUGAAAGGUAGCACAUGUUUCUAGCCAAAUAGUUUCAUCAACUUGUUUCUUGUCUGGAAAUCUGGGAGGUCCAGUCCCCUUCCAUUUCAUAUACCCUGUACCUUUUAGUGUAGGAGGGCACUGUCUGCUGGUACAACAUUAUCAAAACACUGGGGGGUCUUCUGUGUGUGUUACAGGAUUCACUGUAGACUGGCGGCUCCUCCAUAUACUUUUCUAAAAUAAGGAACUCCAUCUCUGAUUUGGUUCCGAGAUGGCUGAGAGGAUCUGUAAGUCACACUCCUAAUCUCUUCAAAGAGCCUUUUGUGUGACUGCACACUCAGGCCUUUUAUCUUUCUAAAGGGGUAUUAACAAAAGUUGUACAGCUGCCCUCUUGCCUCUUUCCCUAGAGCAGGCUUUCCUGAAUCUCGUAAUUUUCAUGUCUCUUGCCCUUAGGGUAAGCUAAGAAUUUUCAAGUCAUCAAGUCCUAUUUUCCUUAUAUAUAACAGUUGUUCCCUCAGUGUAUCUCCCCUCACAUUUUACUGUAAUCUGCAAGAAGGAAGCAGUCCUCACCUUCUGCACUUUGCUUAGAAAUCUCUUUAUCUAAACAUACUAAAUUCAUCACUUAAAAUGUUUGUUUUCCACAUAACUGCAGGACACACAAUUCAGCUAAGCUUUUUGCCACUAACUCUUUUCCUGUAGUUUCCAACAGCUUGCUCCUCACUCUCCUUGGAGCUCUCACAGGCAGCACCUUUCAUGUCCUUAUUUCUCCUCACAGUCUAUUCUCAGCAACUUAGAUGUUUUCUGUGGUGAUUCUCUGCCAUGCUCCUAAAGUGUCUUCCAUCCUCUACUCACUGACCGGUUUCAAAGCCACUUCUGUAAUUUCAGGGGGCUGUCGUGGCAGCACCCCACUUCCAGGUAUCUAGGAAACUCUUGCCUACUUGCUGCCAGUUGAUGUGAAUGUGCCAAUAAGAGAUUUAAAAUUCUUCACCUUUCUCAGGAGUUCUGGUGGUUUUAAGGCAGCAGAUUUACCUGUGUGGGGGGUUUUAGUGCUGCGAGUGCUACCAGAAAUUCCACUGAGAGAAGUGUUGAUCACACCACUACAAAGAAAGCUUUUUCUGAGUGUCAUGAUAGAGUAAGAAGAUUAUCCCUAAGUCUUCUCAGGAUAGGACACCCUGUUUCUUCCCACUCAUUGCAAACAACUUGGAGAAUAUAUAAACAAUCGUUUAAGGAAUCAGUCUCAGUUCAGAAAGUUGACAAGAGAUACACUACAUUUUCUCAGGAGCAAAAUCAUCUUCCUAAGGAAAUAUGCUAUUGAAACAAAUCAGCAUUUUGAAACAAAAGGGCAUUGUUCUGCUUUGAAUUAACAAAAUGGGGGUGGGGGUGGGGAAUAGCCAAACCCUGUAAAAUUACUGGAAAUUUUAUUCUUGUAGUUUACUUUUAUCAGUCAAUUAUGUGCACAUACAGAACAACUGCCAUUUUUGUAUACAGUAGUCUUCCAAGACACAGAGAUUUACAUUAGGAGAAUUAAACAUCCAGGAGGGAUGAACAAGACUUUUACAUGAACUAUAUAGUACUUUGCUUCAGAGUCAUUUUCCUGGUUUCUUUUUACUUCCGCAGUCAUGGUAACUUUGAAAAUCUGUAAUCCUCUCAGAAAAGAGUCUGUCACAGUGAGCGGUGAGGCGACCGUGUGUGGAGUCGGAUGUUUUGCAUGACAUAUGUAAUGACAAACUUCGAGUGUCUGCUUACCAAUAAAGAAUGUUUUCACGGAAACUCACUGAAAAUCCUUUUCAAAAUUUUCUUUGAUUUGCAGUUUUAUUCGAGUUGCUUAAUAAAGUAUUUUAAGCAGUGCAUCUUUUUAAUGGGCAGAGAAAAAACUAAGCUGAAGCAAUGUAAUCUCAAUUUCCCAUUACUGUUUCUGUUUUUAUUCCAUCAAAAUAAAGGUGCAAAUUUUUCU